UUCCUCCCAGCAGUUGAAGCUCUCCCUGCUCUCUCUCGCCUCUCCAGCUGCUGUCAGCUGCCCCAAAACAGAGCUGGUUUGGGGUUUCCCCACCAGAGAUGGUAUUUCAGAACUUCGUUGCUCUGGAGGUCUCUGAGAUGGUGCUGUCUCUCAUUAAUAAGGACAAGGCUUUCCCUACACCCAGCGCUGUCGCCUCACCAACAGCUCCGCGGUGCCGCUGACGUUCCAGCUCCGCAUGUCGGACGAUGGCACGCAGCCGGCUGUUGACAGCGUGGAUCAGAUCCGCAGGCACAGCGACCCAGCCUGGAGGAAGGGAAUCCUUUUCUAUGUGGAGCCCAGGGAGUUCACCAUUAAUCCCAGCCGAGGGACCAUCCUCCCCCAGGGACACCAGGACAUCGAGUUGACCCUGUGUUCCAACAUGGUGAUGGAGUUCCGCCGGAAGAUGCUGGUGGACCUGGAGGGCAUUGGCAAGGGAGUGGCAACACUGACCAUCACAGACAGUACGAUGAGUGCCACCUGAAGGUGCCCUACGAGAGGAAGCUCGUCAUCAGGAAUCCCAGCCACCUUCCUGGCUGCUACGGGCUUAUUCCCCAGAAACGCAAGGAGGACUCUGCUGUGUUCUACUCCAGCCCCCAGCCCUGUGGGAUUGUGCAGCCCCAGAGCACAGCAGAGAUCCCAGUUGUGGUGGAGGUGCAGGCACUGGGCGAGCAUCGCACCAAUGUUCUCG